AUGUCGCCGCGUCGCUCGUCGCGGGCUCGCAUCACCCAGCCGCCUUCAAUCGUCCCGGCAGCACCCAGCACCUCAUCGUCCUCUGUCUCGUCCGCGCGCACCGAUCGAGCGACCAGAUCGAUCCAGAAGCAGUCAUCGCCUCACAAGUCGUCGACCCCACACUCACUGUCAUCCGAGGAGGGCGACGAGCCGCUCAACGGCACCGAGGUGGAACCGCCUCUGACCCGACGCCGAACCCGCGGGCAAGACAAUGAGGAGGACGGCUCAAUGAAGAACGACUACGAACUCGACGAAGAGAUUGCGGAGGAGGAGGAGAUCACACGAUGCGUGUGUGGUCAGCAGGAAUACCCGGGUCCACCAUCGGAUGCCGGCAAGUCCAAAGAUGCUCAAUCAUCCGCCAUAGCGGACUCUGACGUACAGAACGAUGAUGCAGGCGGCCUAUUCAUCCAAUGCGACAUUUGCAAAGUCUGGCAGCAUGGAGGCUGCGUCGGCAUCAUGGAUGAGGCGACCAGCCCCGAAGAAUAUUUCUGCGAGGAGUGCAGGAAGGAUCUACACAAACUCAUGACAAGCUCCAAAGGGCAGAAAUACUCUCGAUACCUCCCCGUUUACGAUGCCCACCACGGCAGAAAUGCGCGGAGAGCCUCCCUCUCGAAAGAACCGGAGAACAAGAACACUAGAGAUAAGGACAGAAUUUCUCGUGCAAGCGCUGAGUCAUUUAGCAAACGACGCUCUACGAUGAACAGUCGAGCGGCUUAUGAUGAAGACGAGGUGUUACGGAAGGUUUUGGAAGAAAGCAAGAACGAAGGCGGAAAAGCCCCGUCCGAUAACAGCAGUAGCAACAGAAAGAAGAGGAGCCGUGACGACAGCGAGGAGGUGAAGCCUGAACUCAAACGGCAACGGACAAGCUCGAGAUCUCCUAGCGGAUCACCUGUACUCGAAUCGGAUGACGACAUGUCUAAGCCGCUGAUCGCCAAACAAAAGCCUCGAGGAGCUGCCGCAAGGAGCCAGCGUGAGAAGGAGCUUCGUGACAAAGAGCGCGAGCGGGAGAGGGCAGAAGCUGCAAAUAGGCGAAAGGGCCGAGCAGAGCGACGGAAAGCCGAUGAUAUCGAGAUCCCAGAAGUUACACCUACUGAAGAACCCGCACCACCGACAGAAUCCGAAUCGGUACCUCCAGAGACCCCGACCGUCGAAACGCGACCUCCACCAGUGCAGCGAAAGUCGGGAAGACCACCUCAGAAGCGACAGAGCAGGCUGGGUCGGAACCAGUACACACGAGACGCACCGACCCCUACCACGAAUGGUGCUUCGCCAGCGCCGAACCAAGAUACGCCGAAUUCGCCACAGAUAAGUGCUACCAAUGGCGUGAGCAAUGGACAUGACAGUAGCGAUGGAGCAACCGCGAGCAAACCCAUAAAGUCCAAAGGCUGGAGGUUGGAGAAGCUGUCUUGGAAUGAAAUCCGACGACCUGCAGGUGUGAUGCAGAAUUACAUCGCUCAAAGACAGGUCGAGAUGGCUGGCGAGAAGCGUUCACCAGCGCCAGCUGUGGAAUCGCCCAAAGCCACGAAUGGCCACUCCAAAGAAGACGAUAACAAAACAAACGAGGACCUGGAUGUGUUCAGAAAACUCGAUACCUUGCAGAUGAUGGACGACCUCAGCCGUGAGCUCGUUCAUUGGCAGCACAUGGUUGCUGAGCAGAACGAGAAGUAG